CAGUUAUCCGUAAAAUCAACUCGCUCUCCUCUCCUCACCCUUUCUCUGUCUUUCUUCCUUCUCUCUCUGAGUGUUUCUUCUAAUGCUUCCUUCACAAAACCCUAAUUGUUCCGUAGCUGUUGAAGCCUCACAGGUUAUGUUCUUCAUUUCUUCUCUUCGUUAUCUUUUUGAUUUAAUGUAGUUUAGUUCCAGGAGAAACUCACUUUUUCCAUCUAUCAAAUAUCUUCAAUCUAGGGUUUCAAAUGGGUACGCUAUUUAUGUUUUAUUUGAAAUUUCGAUUGCCAGUUGUAUAGGAUUGAAAUUGAUUCUAAUUUUAUUCGAUCGAGCUCUGUUGGUCUUGUUCGUUAAUGGGUGAAGUGGAGGUACCCGCUUGGCUUGAAGGUUUGCCUUUGGCACCUGAAUAUCACCCGACGGAUACCGAAUUUGCUGACCCAAUUGCUUAUAUAUCUAAAAUCGAGAAGGAGGCUAGUGCGUUUGGGAUCUGCAAAGUCAUCCCUCCGUUGCCCAAACCUUCCAAGAAAUUCGUUUUUUCUAAUUUAAAUAAGUCGCUCUCUCGAUCCCCAGAAUUAAGCCCUGAUGCUAAUGUCUCAGCUAUUUCUCCUUCCGCUCAAAUUGGUUCUGGGGAUAAAGGGAAUGAUGGGGAUUUUAGGGCUGUAUUCACAACAAGGCAUCAAGAAUUAGGUCAGAGCGUAAAACGAACUAAAGGGCUUCCUCCAGUUCGGCAGGCAUCGGUUCAUAAGCAAGUCUGGCAAAGUGGGGAGGUCUAUACGCUGGAACAGUUUGAGUCCAAGUCAAAGGCUUUUGCUCGGAAUCACCUGGGUAUGAUAAAGGAUGUUUCUCCACUUUGUAUAGAGGCAUUGUUUUGGAAAGCCGCUUUUGAGAAGCCCAUUUAUGUGGAGUAUGCGAACGAUGUUCCGGGCUCGGGCUUUGGAGAACCAGAGGAACCAUUUUUGUACUUCCGUAGACGGAAUAGAAAGAGGAAAUUUUAUAAUAGACGUCGAGGAAUCAUUAAUGAUGAGGAUCAGGAAAGGGAUACUGUAAAUAGAGGUGGCAAGGUUAUAGAGAAGGAUUCUUCUAUGAAGAUUGAUUCUGAUCCAUCUUUGGGGAGUGUGAACCCCUCUUCAAGAUUAUCAACUCCACAACCAGAUGAGAGUUCAAAGUUGUUGAGGCAAAAGAUUUCAAAUACUUCUAGUGACAGGGAAGGUACAGCUGGCUGGAAGCUUUCCAACAGUCGGUGGAAUCUACAAGUUAUUGCACGAUCACGCGGCUCACUUACGCGGUUUAUGCCAGACGAAAUCCCUGGUGUUACUUCUCCCAUGGUUUACAUUGGCAUGUUGUUCAGUUGGUUUGCUUGGCAUGUGGAAGAUCAUGAGCUUCACAGCAUGAAUUUUCUCCAUACUGGUUCUCAAAAGACUUGGUAUGCAGUUCCUGGAGAUUAUGCCUUUGCUUUUGAGGAAGUUGUUCGUGGCCAGGGUUAUGGAGGAAAUGUCGACCGCUUAGCUGCAUUGACACUCCUAGGUGAGAAGACAACUCUAUUAUCUCCUGAGGUUGUUCUUGCAUCAGGGAUUCCUUGUUGCAGGUUAGUGCAGAAUCCUGGCGAAUUUGUUGUGACUUUUCCAAGAGCUUAUCAUGUAGGAUUCAGCCAUGGUUUUAACUGCGGGGAAGCUGCUAACUUUGGAACUCCACAAUGGCUCAAGGUAGCGAAGGAAGCUGCAGUGCGUAGAGCUGCUAUGAAUUAUCUUCCCAUGCUUUCGCAUCAGCAGCUGUUGUACUUGUUGACCAUGUCAUUCGUUCCAAGAGUACCUAGAGCCUUACUUCCAGGGGCACGGAGUUCUCGUCUACAAGAUCGUCAGAAGGAAGAAAGAGAGCUGCUAGUGAAGAAAGCAUUUAUAGAUGAUAUGUUUUAUGGAGAUACUAUACUAUCAGCACUUCUGGCGAAAAACCCUACUUAUUAUGCUGUCCUAUGGGAUCCUGAGUCUCUGCCUGCCCCACGAAAAGAUUCUCAGUCAUUUUCUUUCUCCACCACUCCUGAUGCCCCUAAUUUAGUGGUUGAUGAGAGAAGCAUGGAAACCUGCCAGUCUGAUAAGGGAACAUCUUUUCUAGAGAAUGUUUCACACAACGAGGCUGCUAAUGUUGCUACGAUGUCAAGUGGGAAAAUGUCCUCUGUUGAUAGCAAGAAUGAGAAUAUUUGCAAUAAUCUGGAUGAUGAAACCCGAUCAUAUAUGGAAAUGGCGGAAUUGUAUGUGGAUGAUGAUGAUUUGCCAUGUGGUUUACAUGUUGAUUCUGGAACACUGGCAUGUGUGGCCUGUGGUAUUCUUGGUUUUCCAUUUAUGUCUGUAGUGCAACCUUCUGAGAGAGCAUUGAAAGAACUCUUUGCUGCAGAUGGUCAAUCGGUUCAGGAAGGCUUGGGAGUUUUAAGUUCUAGAAAGUUCCAUGCUUCUUCAGACCAGGACGUUAGUGGCAAAGGUUCAUCAGCAGCUACAGAUGCAGAAGGUGAUAUAAAUCAGAAUCGAGAGGGGAGAUUGCCUUUGAACUCUGAGAAACAUAUUCCUGAAACUGAAGGUCCAAAGUCAGGGAGGGGUAUCCAAUUAAUAGAAAAUGGAAUGGAUGCUGUUACUUCACUGUCAGAAGCAACAGAGAAUGAAGAUCUUAAAGAGACUAAUUCGAAUCGCCACCUAAUUGGGACAUUUUCCAGUGCCAAACUGAACCAGUCGAUACUUCCCCAAACACAUGAUCUGCAUGUUGGCCCCUCAACUUCACAAGUUUCUACAGUAAAGGCUGAUAUUCAUGCUGACAAGUGCUGGAAUACAUCUAAUGGAUUUCUUAGACCACGGGUCUUCUGUUUGCAGCACACCCUUGAGGUCGCAGAAAUGUUGCACUCAAAGGGUGGUGCAAAUGUACUAAUAAUUUGCCAUUCAGACUAUCUUAAAAUAAGGGCUCACACAUUGGCCAUAGCAGAAGAAAUUGGCACUCCUUUUGAUUGUAAAGACAUUCCUUUGGAGCGUGCAUCCAUAGAAGAAUUGAACUUAAUUAAUAUAUCAAUAGACGAGGAAGAACAGGAAGAAUGUAGGUUGGACUGGACUUCAAAACUUGGUAUCAACCUCCACUACUUUGUCAAGCUCAAAAAGAUGUCUCCAUUGAGCAGAGAACAGCAUGCACUGACCUUGGAUGGGUUGUUCUCUGAAAUGAACCCUAGUCCAGACAUCUCAAGCCUAAAGUGGCAGUCCAGGAGGUCUCGCACACAUCGCAAGGCAGCAAAUGGUUCAAGUAAAUCCAAGUUAUCUGAGAACUCUCAAAUAAAGAAUAAUGAUAUGAUGGUGGGACAAUCAGGUGGCUGCAAGGUCGUUCCAGAAAAUAAAAUUAUUCAAUAUUCAAGAAGAAAAUACCAUGCUGUUCCAGGUGGUAUAGUGGAAGCUAGUAAGUCUUGUGACCGUUCUAGAAAGAAAAUGCCAAGUGAUGUUUCAGAAACUAUUGAUGGAAACUUGGAUGUGGAUGGCAGUAAGGCAUCUGAAGAUACUUACGGUCCUGCUGAGAAAGGAGGAAAAAGUGCAGUGGAUUUGGCUGUUUUUUCUACUGUUGAAAACUCCAACACACUGCCAGAAAUCCAGCAAAAUGAGGAAGCCGAUAAGAUGAGAGAGGUUUGUGAUCCUGUGCAGGCUGCAUGUUUGACUGCUGGUAUCUCCAUAUCCGGAAUUUCAGAAGCACGGAUAGAUAAGCAUAAUGCUGAGGAAACUAACGUGGAUGGUAAAGCUUGUAAUUUGGUUACUCAACCUGGUGCUGAAUUGCAAUAUGACAUGUCUGCUGAUGAAACUAGCAAUAUAAGUAAGAGUUCUGAUUGUUCUGAUGAGAUUAGUCAGGUCUCUGACCAUAUAGAAUUUCCUGCUUCAUCAACAGUUUCCAUCCCAAGUGAGAGAAUUUUUAAAGCAAAGAAGGAAGCAAACACAACUGACAAGUCUUCCAAUUGUAUGACAUUAGAUAAGUCUGAAAUGCAGCAAGAUAUCCAAACCGCCAGUGAAAGUGGCUCUGAUCUCAAGGUUUGUGUCCAUGCUAACUCAAUAGGUGGAUUUAUUCUUCCUGUUUCAAUGCUUGAAGGUUCUGAAGUGCCUGAAGAGAUCCAAGCCACAGAUGAACCUAAAGGGAGGAUGGAGGUUCAUUCUUCCCAGAGCAAUAAGGAGGUGGAAGAUAUCCAACCCUCUAUUUCAGAGUCCAGGCCAAAUAGAAAAGAGGAAAAUAAAAGGAAAAGAGAAGUACAGAUGACAAAAGAUCAAUAUUGUUAUGAUGGAUUUAUUAAGAGCCCAUGCGAAGGAUUGAGGCCGAGGACUGGGAGAGUUUCCGUUUCUGGGACUGGGUUCGACACAAAUGGAAUGUUGGAGGAGAAAGCAGUGAAGAAGGUGAGGAGACAGCAAGUUAGAUCAACUGCUUGUAAAGAAAAAGACAAAGUGAAGGCUGCUCACAGAUGUGACAUUGAAGGCUGCCGUAUGAGUUUCAAGACAAGGGCAGACCUGCUGAUGCACAAAAGAAAUCGGUGCCCACAUGAUGGGUGUGGGAAGCGAUUCAGCUCCCACAAGUAUGCAUUGCUUCAUCAACGGGUUCAUGCUGAGGAGAGGCCCCUGAAAUGUCCAUGGAAGGGUUGCAAUAUGUCCUUUAAGUGGGCUUGGGCAAGGACUGAGCACUUGCGUGUGCACACAGGGGAGCGACCAUACGAGUGCAAGGUUGUCGGGUGUGGUCUUACUUUCAGGUUUGUGUCAGACUUCAGCCGACACAGACGAAAAACCGGGCAUUAUGUGAGCUGACCCCUUCUUUCUUGCUUUUUAUGAUGGAUGGGGUUGGCGGUCAUUAAGGAUGACAAAUGUCUAGGUUAGUGGUAGAAAAGGUGGUUUUGGACUUGCUGGAGAGGAUCAAAACGUUUGAUUCUAUGGUUGGUGGUGUAAUGAAAUCAUCGGUUUGCAUGUUCCAAAAGUAAUGUGGGUUAGAUUGGACAGCAUUUUGUAGGAAUGUAUAGAUAUUCGAUCUAGGUGUUCCGAAAAGAAAUGACAUGCACGUAGUUUCUGUUUGCCCGUUAUGGGUGGUGAUCAUCUGAAACAGGUUAAAGUGUCAGGAAUAUGAUCAGGAUGGGUCCUGUGGUCUCCAUAUUAAUGUCUCACGCAGAAAGGUGGAUCGUGAUAGACAUGCAGGAUGAUCAAGACCUAGUUCCACAGGCACAGAAAAGAGGGAUCAUGUUGACCUAUGCAGGAUGAUCAUGAACUGGUUCCACGGGCGUAGGUUUGUCUGAUGCUCCAUUGAUAUUGUUUCAUGUGUUAAUUUUCUUCUUUCAGUUUUCCUUUUCUGUUGGGAUUUUGAACCCACCACCACAUCACCCUCCCCCCUCCAAGAAAAGAAAAAGAAAAAGAGAUUGAAUUCUGAAAUUCAAAUUCAUUGGAGAAUCAAAAGCACUUGUAGAAGUAGAAUCACUCAACCGUGCAGUUAUUUUUUUA